AUGCCGGUCAUGAAGGGGUUGCUGGCCCCGCAAAACACCUUCCUGGACACCAUUGUCACCCGCUUUGACGGCACGCACAGCAACUUCCUGCUGGCCAAUGCACAAGGCCCACGAGGUUUUCCCAUUGUCUACUGCUCUGACGGCUUCUGUGAGCUCACAGGCUACGGUCGCACUGAGGUCAUGCAGAAAACCUGCAGCUGCCGUUUCCUCUACGGUCCGGAGACCAGUGAGCCAGCUUUGCAGCGGCUGCAUAAAGCCCUAGAAGGCCACCAGGAGCACCGGGCUGAAAUCUGCUUCUACCGCAAGGAUGGCUCAGCCUUUUGGUGCCUCUUGGACAUGCUGCCCAUCAAGAAUGAGAUGGGACAGGUCGUGCUGUUCCUCUUUUCCUUCAAGGACAUCACUCAGAGUGGUAGCCCAGGACUUGGCCCCCAAGGAGGCCACGGGGACAGUAAUCAUGAAAACUCUCUCCGUAGGAGAGGAGCCAGCUCAAAACUUCAGUCUGCCAGAAGGCAGAGCCGUACGGUCCUACACCGAUUAACUAGCCAUUUUGGACGCCGGAGCCAGGGAGGCGUGAAGACCAAUAAUAACGUGUUUGAGCCAAAGCCAUCAGUGCCCGAGUACAAAGUGGCCUCCGUGGGGGGGUCUCGCUGCCUCCUCCUUCACUACAGCGUCCCCAAGGCCAUUUGGGAUGGCCUCAUCCUCCUUGCCACCUUCUACGUUGCGGUCACCGUCCCCUACAACGUCUGCUUUUCGGGCGAUGAUGACACUCCCAUCACUUCCCGACACACCCUUGUCAGUGACAUCGCUGUGGAGAUGCUCUUCAUCCUGGAUAUCAUCCUGAACUUCCGCACCACCUAUGUGUCCCAGUCCGGCCAGGUGAUCUCUGCUCCUCGUUCCAUUGGCCUCCACUAUCUGGCCACCUGGUUCUUCAUUGACCUUAUUGCUGCUCUACCCUUUGACCUGCUUUAUGUCUUCAACAUCACCGUGACCUCGCUGGUGCACCUGCUGAAGACGGUGAGGCUGCUGCGGCUGCUGCGGCUGCUGCAGAAGCUGGAGCGGUACUCGCAGUGCAGUGCUGUGGUGCUCACACUGCUCAUGUCGGUCUUUGCACUCCUUGCCCACUGGAUGGCCUGCAUCUGGUAUGUCAUCGGGCGCCGGGAGAUGGAGGCCAAUGACCCGCUGCUCUGGGACAUUGGCUGGUUGCAUGAGCUGGGCAAGCGGCUGGAGGUGCCCUAUAUCAACGGCUCUGCGGGCGGCCCAUCGAGGCGCAGUGCCUACAUCGCUGCACUCUAUUUCACGCUGAGCAGCCUCACCAGCGUGGGCUUCGGCAACGUAUGCGCCAACACUGACGCCGAGAAGAUCUUUUCCAUCUGCACUAUGCUCAUAGGCGCGCUGAUGCACGCAGUGGUGUUCGGGAACGUGACGGCCAUCAUCCAGCGCAUGUACUCGCGCCGCUCACUCUACCACAGCCGCAUGAAGGAUCUCAAGGACUUCAUCCGCGUGCACCGCCUGCCGCGGGCGCUCAAGCAGCGGAUGCUCGAGUACUUCCAGACCACAUGGGCUGUCAACAGCGGCAUCGACGCCAACGAGUUACUGCGUGACUUCCCAGACGAGCUGAGAGCUGACAUUGCUAUGCAUCUGAAUCGGGAGAUCCUGCAGCUGCCGCUGUUCGGAACAGCAAGCAGGGGCUGCCUGCGGGCCCUCUCGCUGCACAUCAAGACCUCAUUUUGCGCUCCUGGCGAGUACCUGCUGCGCCGUGGGGAUGCCUUGCAGGCGCACUACUACGUCUGCUCCGGCUCACUUGAGGUGCUCCGAGACAACAUGGUGCUGGCCAUCCUGGGAAAGGGGGACCUGAUUGGAGCAGACAUCCCUGAGCCAGGGCAAGAGCCUGGGUCAGGGACAGGCCCAAGCUGCGUGCUGAAGACUAGUGCCGAUGUAAAAGCACUGACCUACUGUGGCCUGCAGCAGCUGAGCAGCCGAGGGCUGGCUGAGGUCCUGAAGCUCUAUCCUGAGUAUGGGGCUGCCUUCCAGGCUGGCCUACCCCGAGACCUCACCUUCAACCUGCGCCAGGGCUCUGACACCAGUGGCCUUGGCCGCUUUUCCCGAUCCCCUCGCCUCUCCCAGCCCCGCUCAGAAAGCCUUGGCUCCUCCUCAGACAAGACGCUGCCAUCCAUCACAGAGACUGAGGGUGGCUCAGAGCCUGGGGGUGGACCCAGGCCUCGCCGGCCCCUCCUGCUGCCCAACCUCAGCCCAGCACGGCCUCGAGGCUCUCUGGUCAGCCUUUUGGGCGAGGAGCUGCCCCCAUUUUCAGCCCUGGUCUCCUCUCCUUCCUUAUCCCCAUCCCCUGCCCUGGCUGGCCAGGGCCACAGCCCCUCCCCUCAUGGCCCCCCCAGGUGCUCUGCUUCCUGGAAGCCCCCACAGCUUCUCAUUCCCUCACUGGGAACCUUUGGACCUCCGGACCUCAGUCCCCGGAUAGUGGAUGGCAUUGAGGACUCUGGCAGCACAGCUGAGGCCCCUACGUUCCGCUUCAGCAGGAGGCCUGAACACUCAAAGCCCCGCUCACAGGCCCCCCCUACAGGAAUCAGGACCAGCUGGGAAAUGGCCACUGAGGCUGAGGAAGUGAAGGAAAAGAUCUGCAGGCUAAACCAGGAGAUCUCCCGUCUCAAUCAGGAAGUAUCUCAGCUUAGCCAGGAGCUGCGGCACAUCAUGGGUCUGCUACAGGCCAGACUAUCUCCCUCAGGCCACCCAACAGUCUCAGCUUGGCUACCAGCUCCUCCUUGUCCCCACCUGAGGUCGCCAGGCAUCUCUUCCUGUGUGUCCAGACCACCACCUAGCCUCCAGGAUACUACAUUUGCUGAGGUCCACUGCCCGGCCAGUGUGGGUGCAGCAGAGAUGGGGGCCACCCCCCUGGACCUGAGACCUUCCAUAGUGCCUCCCUACUCCUCAGAGCCGGACCCUCUUGUGCCCACCCCCGUGCCAGAGGCCUCAACCCCGACCCCAACCUUCAGGAGGCACAGUUUCCGGUCCAGGUCAGACACGUUCCACUGA